AGCAACGUGACUCGGGCUAGCUGGCGUUUCAGGGAGACGGCCCGCUCUCAGUUUUCUCAUAUCAAUAAGUGUCUUUAAACUGUAAAUAUUCAUACGUCGACACAUUUCAAAAAGCGUUAUUUAGGCAAACACCAAACCUGGUCUCUUUGUCGAUGUUAGCCCAACUUACUGCGCCAUAUUAAGCUAAGCUAUGUAGAUUAAGCGGGUUCAUUGGGUGUGAGAGGAUGGAUCUUUGUGGCUCGCGCAGUUAGCAUAGCCUGCUAGCGCCUCUGGCCUCGGCCUCACCCUUCAGUCUACAGCCCGUAUGGGAAAGACUAAAGUAACGGAGCGCACCACUGAGAUGGAGCCAUAACAUUCCUGCACUGGCGGGGUGGGGUGCUGCCUGUCAAAGGAACAAUAUCUCCCAAUGCUUGGGAACGGCUGAAGUUCCCCAUUCCCCUGCAAGACCAGUACAUGUAUAUGCACAGAGCAGGGAAACAUGAGUACAGGGAAGCCAAGUGGUCUCAAGCCACCCAGUAAGAUUGGUAAGCCUACUGGUGUACCAACUAAGACCUCCCCUUCCUCAGCCACUCCCAAACCUAUAACAUCUCCAGGUGCUGGCACCCCCACUGUUAAUGACUCAGUGGCAGAAUUCACUGUGGGCGAACGUGUGUGGGUGAACGGAAAUAAGCCGGGCUAUGUUCAGUUCAUUGGUGUAACCCAGUUUGCACCAGGCCAGUGGGCAGGUAUCGUUUUGGAUGAGCCCAUAGGGAAGAAUGAUGGCUCUGUGGCUGGAGUGCGGUACUUUCAGUGCGAAGACUUACGAGGUAUCUUCACUCGUCCCUCUAAACUAUCCCGGGCUCCAGUCCGAGAGCGCGAGACCAAUGGUGCACAGACCUUGUCAGGCCAGACGUCCUCUGCUGUCACACCUGCUGCUGAUGGUCAAGUCUCCGCUGCUAACCAAACGUCAACAAACCUGGCCACAGCGGCCAGUGGUUCUGUUGCCAACCUGUCCGAGGCGGACUCGGCCAAGAAGGGAAAACGGGAGCUGAAGCUGGGGGACCGUGUGCUGGUUGGUGGAACAAAGGCAGGCGUUGUGCGCUUCCUUGGUGAGACUGACUUUGCGAAGGGGGAAUGGUGUGGGGUGGAGCUUGAUGAACCGCUUGGCAAAAACGAUGGAGCAGUGGCUGGCGCUAGGUAUUUCCAGUGUCUGCCAAAGUAUGGCCUAUUUGCUCCUACGCACAAAGUAACUCGCAUUGGCUUUCCCUCCACCACCAAAGCCAAAAGCUCAAGACGCAGGUCCACUCUACAGCACAGCCCCAGCGCCACUUCAGUUAGCUCCCUGAGCUCAGUCGCCUCUUCAAUAGGAGGCAAACCUAGCCGCGCAGGCCUGUUGACAGAAACUUCGGCCCGCUAUGCACGGAAGAUCUCGGGGACCACAGCUAUGCAGGAGGCUCUGAAGGAGAAGCAGCAGCACAUAGAACAGCUCCUGGCUGAGCGAGAUCUAGAGAGGACAGAAGUGGCCAGAGCCACUAGCCAUGCAGGAGAGGUGCAGCAAGAACUUGCCUUGCUCAGACAAGGCCAGGAACAGUACGCUUUGGAGAUGGAGGCUAAGUUGGACCAGUUACGCAGGCUUGUGGAGACUGCAGACAGGGAGAAAGUAGAGUUGUUGAAUCAGCUUGAAGAGGAAAAAAGGAAAGUAGAGGAUCUUCAGUUCCGUGUAGAAGAAGCUUGCAUUACCAAAGGUGAUUUAGAGACGCAGACCAAACUGGAGCAUGCCCACAUUAAGGAGCUCGAACAGAGCCUUCUCUUUGAAAAGACCAAAGCUGAUAAACUCCAGAGGGAGUUAGAGGAUACUAGGGUGGCCACGGUGUCUGAGAGGUCACGGAUCAUGGAGUUGGAAAAGGAAGUGGCUGAGCUGCAACUACGCCUGCGAUCUCAGCGAGCAGAAGCAGGAUCAGCCUCACCUCCACUACAGGACAAAAGGGUUAGAGAGCUGAGCGGUGAGCUGGAGACCAAGCACAAGGAACUGCUUCUCCUCCAACAGAGAAUCAGCUCCUCUGAUCAAGAGAACACCUCACUUCAGCAUCAGCUGAAUGACUUGAUGCAAAAACUUGAUACGACAACAGAGGAAAGUAAAAGCACAACACUCUCCUUGCAAGACAUGGAGAGGAGCAUGCAGGCGGACAGGGAGCAACUGAAACAGCUAUGCAGUGAGAAGGAGAAGCUAGAGGAGGCGAUGGCCUCCAGGCAGCUGCAGGAGCACAGACUUAACGAGGAGCAUGAGGGGGAAAAGAAGAAGCUGCAAGAGAAACUAGGCCAGGUGGAGCAGGAGCUGAACAAAGCACAAGAAAGGAACACAGCGCUCCAACGACAGGUGGCAGAGCUGCAGCUGUUCAAGGACAAAGCUCAGAGUAUCCAGUCUUCAGAGACUCUGGAACAACUGAAAAAGAAAAAUCAAGAGCUGUGCCAAGAGCUUGAAGCCCUGAAGCAACAGAACUCCAAGUUUCAAGAGGAGCUCAGUUUCUCCAAGGAGCAGCUCAGCUCUGAGAACCAGCGCAUUGGGAGCCUGUGUAAAGAAAUUGAGGAGCUGAAGCUAGCAGCCAAUCAGAAGUCACAGAGGCUGGCAGUGCUCCAGGAGGAGAAUGGGAAGUUGGCUCAGGAGCUGGACAGCAGCCGGCAGGUUGGCUAUAAGCAGCAGACGCUUGAUGGUGAACGCCUGACUCUCAACAGUCGGUUGGAGAUUAAUGAGAGGGAAAACUCCAAUACAGUAAUAUCCGAGAAGGACAAAGAACUGGAGGCGUUAAGAAAUGAGAUUGCAGUGCUGCGUGAAGAGAAUGCCAUGGCUAAAACGCUGCAGGAGGCAGUGGAGUCUCUGGAAAGGGACAAGUUGCAGCUACAGAACAGAGUGCACAGCCUGGAGCUGAAGCUGGAGGGCAAACCAAUUGAGAAUCAAGAAGAGGGCUCUACAGGUGAUGCAGCUAUAAACCAGCUUAGAGAAGAGAAGGAGUUCGCUGAGGGACAGAUCAACUUCCUCAACUCCGUCAUCGUGGAUCUGCAGAGAAAGAAUGACGAGCUGAAGGUGAAGCUGAAGAAAAUGGCCUUGGCUGAAUUCAAUGGGAAUGAAGAGAAUGAAAAUUCUGGUGAGGUUAAAAAGAAGAAGAAACCCCCUCCUCGUGUUUUCUGUGAUAUCUGUGACUGUUUUGACCUCCACGACACCGAAGACUGCCCCACCCAAAUGCAGUCCCCUGACUCACCUCCUCACAGUACAUACCAUGGCAGCCGGAGCGGUGAGCGGCCCUACUGCGACAUCUGCGAGGCGUUUGGCCACUGGACAGACUCCUGCAACGAUGAUCAAACCUUCUAGACCCCUGUCUCUCCCCUCUAUCAGAAAACCAGGCAAUGCACAAAUGCUUUCAACAAUGUAAGCUCCUAUUUUUGUAAGCUAUAUGUGUAAGUUUAAGCAUUAUUUACAUUCCUCACAACUGAAGGCAACGCUGAUGCUGCUUUGUUGGAAUUGUUCUGAAGGUGAAGGAUCUUCUCGGUGUAGUGUUAAUACUGUUUUGUACAUAGUGUAGCUCAUGUUUUUGACAGUCCUAUGUGACUUCAUCCUUUGAAUGGAUACGGGGUUGUGAGUUAUUAACUGAUGAUGUGGUGAGGAAUCCAAAUGGACCAUUAUCCAGCCACAGGGAAGCUUUCACUCCAGUGCAGGCACUCAAAAGAAGUCUAAGCUGACCAAUAGUAACUUAUUGCACUGCUCACUUUAAAUGUAUUUGUUGUUACAUGUUCAACACAUAUUUUUAACUGCCGUUCCUCUGACUUUGUCUGAGGUUAUCGAAGGUAUUCUUUUAUAAUAAAUGUCAAAAAGAGGUAGUCAUUAUACUGUGUCCUAUGAAUGGCUUUUUAAGUGUUUUUACGUCUUGUUCACUAGAUUUAUUAAAGCACAAGUUUGGAUCAUAUUGUAUCUUCCUGUAUAGCUGUAAUAUUUAUAUUAAUGACAACGUUUACAAAGUAACCCGGUAAACUGCAAAAAUGACAUUUUUUUGCAAUGAAAUUGUGCACAUUAUGCAAAGAUACCUGUAUACUGUUUGUGGGUAUUCUCGCUUUGUUUAAAUGAGAUCUUCUCUAUAUUAUCAUACAUUUUUUGUUUGUAUUGACAAGCAUUUGUAAUAACUGCAGAAUAUGGUUGAGUUCUAUUCUGACAUUGUGACAGUCUGUACUGUUCAUGAAAUGCAUAAACACUAACUAUAUAAUA